AUGAGUUCCAUGUUUAAAAAGAAGGGUGGUCUUGCCUUUAAGCCCAAGAUCCCCUCUGCCCGGUCGCGCGGUACUACAAGUACAACAAAACAGAUCGAAGAAGUCCCGGUGGACGAAUCUCCUAUUAUUACGACAAACGAUAAACUGACUACAACACAUACAGAGGCACCUUCCCUUGAACAAGAUCUUCCAAGUGAAGACGUACCGUUAACACGAAGCCGGCGACGCUCAAGUGUAGCUUCCAACUCAAGUCAAACUAGUGGCCGUCGUGCCAGUUUAGCUACGAUACCAACACUUGAUACCCCGGUGAUAGAACCAGAAGUGCCAGAAAAGCCUGUUGAAGCAGCUCCUAAGAGACAGACCCGAAGAACUCGUCAGCAGUCCAUCACUGCGGAGGCUCAAACUGAAGCUGCCUCUGUUACAGCGCCGUCGGCAGCAGGCCUGGCAACACCCCCGCCAACACAAGCAAGAAUACGGAGACGGUCCUCGGUUGCUGUCGAGUCUGUUGAAGCACAAGACACAGUCUCUGCCGGCCGACCAGCGAAGCGGACCAAGUCAAACGCCGAUGCUGCGAGAGCCGAAAUUCCUGCUACGACUGAACGCAAGAAACGAGGUUCAAUAGCAACGAUUGGCGAUACUUCAAAACCUCGAGCCCCGCGCCGGGCUCGCUCUAUAACACCGGAGGACUCAGAAGCCCAAGUUGUGGAUUUACAAAAGCUGAAGAUGUCCGACUUGACGAAAGACUUACACAUUGGAAAGAAAUUUAGUAGACACGACGAGCUACGCGAGAGAGAGCGUCAGGCCCGCAUCCGAGCCAAGCUGGAAAAGAGUGAAUUGGGCGAUGGCAUGAGCCGGUCAAGCACUCCUCUCAACGAAAGAAAACUCGGUGCGAGCACACCUACCUCAACGGCAGGGACGACAGUUGCACCUCCCUCUGGCCCACAGUUCCGCAUUGUCGACGGUCAGAUUGUGGUCGACCAAAGCUCCCUGGUCAUGGAUAGACACGCGCGAGCUGCAGCUGCACAGGCCGGAGAAGACAUGGAGACAAUUGAAGAAAACGACUUUACCCGACUGAUAACGAGCAGCUCGUUCAUGAACACCUCCAAGUUGCGCGGUCCUAAUAUUUGGACAGACCAAGAAACAGAAAUGUUCUACAAGGGCUUGCGCAUGCUGGGCACAGACUUCGAAAUGAUCUCACAAAUGAUCCCAGGCAAGCAGCGACGCCAUGUGAAGCUCAAGUUCAACCGCGAAGAACGACAUAACCCGCAACGCAUCACGGCGGCUCUCGUUGGCGAAAAGACAGUCAAGAUCGACAUUGAUGAAUAUCAAGCGGCUACUGGGUCUGAAUUUGAAGCUGUUGAAGCAAUUGAGGCUGAGCAACGCAAAGUCCAGGAGAGCUAUGAAGCUGAGCAGCAACGUGUCGUGGACGAACAGGCUGAGAUUAUGCGCAAACGGCGCGAGGAGUUGUUUGCAGAUGAGGACGAGAAGGGCAAGAAGAAGGGUGGUAAGAAGAAGGGCAAGCAAGGUGUACAAUAUGGUCUCAACGGCGAGCCCAUCACAUAA